AGGCAGUACCAUAUAAAUUUAGUACAACUACGUCCUGCUCUUCAAAGUAGUGGAUGUACAACCAGACAAAGCAUGUCCGAAACACCACGUGACGUGGCGGUCGUGAUAAACUGCUGAUAUCGCAGUUAAACUUUCAAGCUUUCUUAUCUCGCUUCGCUCUUCUCUAGUUACAUUGUAUGAGUUUUCCUUAAAAAUAAAAGAAACCCGACGAAACUCAUUCGAAGAAUGGCGGCAACUACUUCCAUGGUUACGUCAUUAACCUUCACAAUUCCUUCGCUAGGGUUUCGCCUACCCACUCGUAGUUACCCAUGUGUAAAACCCCAGAGACGUUUUGUGAGGAAGGCUGCUUCAAAUGUUAUAACGGCAACAUAUGAGUUGAAGGCACCUCCAUAUCCCUUGAAUGCAUUGGAACCUCAUAUGAGCCGAGAAACCCUGGAGUAUCAUUGGGGAAAACAUCACAGAACCUAUGUGGAGAACCUAAACAAGCAAGUUGUAGGAACAGAUCUAGAAGGGUUGUCUUUGGAAGACAUUAUCAUUGUUACAUACAAUAAGGGUGAUAUACUCCCUGCAUUCAAUAAUGCUGCACAGGCCUGGAACCAUGAUUUUUUCUGGGAAUCAAUGAAACCAGGUGGUGGAGGAAAGCCAUCUGGGGAUCUUCUAGAUCUGAUCGAAAGAGAUUUUGGUUCAUUUGAACGAUUCAUUGAAGAGUUUAAGUCCGCUGCAGCUACUCAGUUUGGUUCUGGCUGGGCUUGGCUUGCAUACAAAGCAAAUAGGAUUGAUGUGGAAAAUGCAGUAAAUCCUUGGCCAUCAGAGAAGGAUAAAAAGCUUGUAAUAGUGAAAAGUCCAAAUGCUAUGAAUCCCCUUGUUUGGGACUACUUUCCACUCCUCACUAUUGAUGUCUGGGAGCAUGCUUAUUACCUUGACUUUCAGAAUCAACGACCAGAUUAUAUAUCAGUGUUCAUGGAGAAGCUUGUAUCUUGGGAAACAGUUAAUACUAGACUUGAAAAAGCAAAGGCUCGAGCUGCCGAGAGGGAAAUGGAGGAAGAGAGGAGGAGAAAAGAAGAAGAAGAGGGCAAACCGACUAAUGAAGAAGAUGAUGAUGAUGAUUUAGAGAUGUACGUAGAUAAUGACAAUGAUGAUUCAGAGGCUGAAUGAAUUUAACAUACAACAAUGGUAUUAGGAUUCCAUAGAAUUCCUUGAAGAGAAAAGACCUUGAAGAUUCGAAGCCAUUGAAGUUCCAGUCAUAGGGGGUCCAAAAACAUCCCAAAACCGAAGAGUCUCAUCUGCCACAGCCGAUACAACAGUUACUCCAUCAGGGCUCUACAACAGGAAAAUACAAGAAACUUCAAAUUUCUUUUCAUACAAAUUUCCUACUGGAUUCUUAAAAGUUUGAAUAGUUAAAAACCUGGCAUAGGUUGAUAAUUCUGGGCUCAUGGUUCCCAAACUCCCCCACUUUUGUCAUCGAAGGGUACUUCCAGAGGCAUAGUUUGUUUUGAUCCUCCCCUGUACUGUAUCCAUGGCUACUCAAUAUCUCCUUGUGAUGUCUGUUCCAUUCCAGCCCAGAAAUCUGCUCAUUUUACAGAAAAUUACUAAUAGUUGAAUAAAAAAACCGAAUAAUGCAGAUGGAUUUUA